AUAUUCAUCAUGUACAUAAGAGAAUGGAUUCGCGGCGCCAGACGGACGACUUCUAACUGUCAAUUUUUUAGUCACGUGACGAAAGCAGGGAGAAAGAAGGCGGCGCGCGGAUAAGCCUUCCGACGAAUAGAUGUUUUAACAAAUGCAAUAAAGACGAUAUCAAAUUAGUAAAAACAUGUUUGAUAAGAAAAACUCAUGCAGCAGAUCCCCGAACCAGACAGUAUCCUCUACAGUGAUAAAAUUAUGAUUAGUUCGGUGUUUGUUUAGUUGAAACGUUGAUAGAAAUAAUUGUGUGAUCGAACAUUUCGUAGGAUAUGAUUUAGAAUUCUAGUUUCAAAAUGUUGGUAUUAUUUUUAUCUGCGUAUUUGCUUUGCUCUGGGGUUGUUUCUGAAGACGUUGAUGACUUCAUUGUGUGUGCUAACUUGGCUGGUUCUAUAGCCCAUAUAGCUGAAGACAACAGCCCCGAAAUAAUCCCCAGUGAGUCUUACCAAAAAUGCAAAAGUAAAACUAACUAUUGUUACACGGUUUGGUUGGAAGAUGCUAACAAUGGCAGUAUCGAAGUAAUGGGACAAGGUUGUUGGGAAAUACCAGGGAAACCAAACGAAUGUGAACGUUCUGCUUGUAUAGCUGACAAAAAACCUCCAAAAGCUUUAAACAACACCAAAUUCUGUUGUUGUAACCAGAGCAAAUGCAACCUCAACUUUAGUGAUGCCUAUGUACCUGCUGAAGAGACCACACAAGAAGAUAUACCUACGAACGAACCCUUAGGUCCAUUAAUAUACAUAACUGUUGGGGUUGUUUUCUUCGUUUUCCUCAUCUUACUAGCAUCGAUUUCUUACUUGUGUUGGAGGAUGAAACCGAGAAAACAAGACAUUGAGAAUUGUCCACAACCGUUACCUCCACUCACCGAUUACAGUCUAGAUAAAUUGAAAAUGUUGAAUAUGAUUGGUCAAGGUCGAUACGGAACGGUAUGGUGUGGUGUGAUUGAAGACCAACAAGUAGCAGUAAAAGUAUUUUCCGCCCAUCAUAGAAACUAUUUUCUCAACGAACAUGAAAUGUACAAAAUGUGCGGUGAAAAUUCUGGUAUACUGAAAUGUUUCGGAGGCGGCGAAUACUCUUUUACUUUAGGUACCAUCGAAUAUGUUUUACUGUUAUCCUUGGAACAGGAAAGUCUGCAGGAGUAUCUCAAAUCACAUACCUUAGAUUUGAUUACAUUAGGAAAAAUGAGUUUGAGUAUCGCUAGAGGCUUGGCGCAUCUACACAGUGACCAGGGUAAAUUUUGUAUAGCCCAUCGAGAUAUUAACAGUAGAAACAUUUUGGUACGACCGGAUUUGUCUUGUUGCAUUUGUGAUUUGGGACUUGCAGUGAUCCCCAAAAGGGCUGAAAACAAAUCGAUCAGCGAAGCAGGUACUUUGAGGUAUAUGGCACCUGAGGUUCUAGAGGGAGCAGUAAACCUUAGAGAUUGUGAAAGUGCUCUUAAACAAAUAGACGUUUACGCCUUGGGUUUGGUGCUAUGGGAAUUAGGUACCAGAUGUACCGACAUGCAAAAUGCAGAACCUUAUCCGUAUUCUCCACCUUUUUCGAAGGAAGCCGGAGAAAAUCCUACGUUAGAACAGAUGCAAGCUUUGGUUAGCAGGAAAAAAGUUAGACCGCUAUGGCCAGUAUCUUGGAAAGAUACAGCAUCAGCUCGAUUACUUUGUGAAACAGCAGAAGAUUGUUGGGAUCAGGAUGCGGAAGCACGACUAACAGCAUUAUGUAUAGCAGAACGACUAUUUGAACUACCUACAUUGAAAGGUCGUAUUUUACACCCCCAUCAUCCACCGGCAAGUCCAACUCCACUUAUUAAUAAUAAUCAUCUCCACGAUAAUCAGUUUGACGCUUCUGUAAACACAAUAGAAACUCUUCUAUCACCUUCUGAAGAAAAUUGUAAAAAUUCGAAUCAAUUAGCCGUUUGCGUAACUCCUUUACAGCCCUACCAGGGAAGAAAUCCUUGUAUGGAAAGGAAUCUACUAUCGGGUUCCAGUGAUAGUUUACUAAUAGAUAAAUCCUCAAAACAUUGCGGUGGAUCCGAUUCUCAAAACUUAAUACCAAACGAUUUUCUUAAUUUUCAAAUAAACUACAGAGCUACCCCGAUACCAUACCUCCAAAAUGCGGUAUACGGAAUGCCCAAACAGCAAAACGAUUCUUAUAAAAUCCCAACAAAAUCCAGAUUUAAAUGGAACGGUAUUAAAAAUUUUUUGAACAGUAAGAAGAAUUCUGGAAACGCUGGACCUUGUAAGGAAACCCAGGUUAAACUAAAUAGUAAAGUGGUGAAUGGUUUUGGUCAAAACGGAGUAACAACUUCCCUGUUGUCUAGAGAAAAUGAAACUGUUCGACCUUCCACUUUACUACUCAAACCAGUCGAUAAUUCGAAUACUUGCGGAGUCACCCAAUUAAUGAAAAGACAGAAUAAUCUUUCCAGACAAAGAUCCUUAGAUCACUUCAAUGAGGUGUUUUCUUCCACUAGUGAUCUAUCAAGACUGAAAGACCCAUCUCAAAGAAUAAAAACACCGGGCGAUGUUCCGCCUUCGGUGCGUCGUACAAGAGGAAAAGCCGCCACCGAAUCGGCCCGAUUUUCUUUAUACGACGAUAGAAUGAUGGGUCAGACGCAAUGGGGCAGUGCCCCAGAUUUAGAUACUCGAAGACAACAAAUUAAUGUAGCGCAACUCAACGAAGCACAAGAUAAAGACAGCGUGAGUAGCUUUUAGCAAGGGACGUUUAUCAAUAUUUUAACGUUUAAUUAUAAUAAAUUAUAUAAGCAAACAGAUGGACAAUGUUGGUUGUGAGCUAAUUUUAAGCUGGAGUAUACUAAACAAAUACAUAAUUCGAUUAUUUGUAUGUUAUUUUAUAUUUAAAUAAGGAGUAGUUUUCACUAGAAAGGAUGUAAAAAGGAGUUUACUACAGAUGAUUGUAAAGUUCUAUGUAAUCAAAAUAAUUUAAGUUGUAAAUAAUUAAAAGCGCUUAUCAAACUUAAAAAUUCUUGCCAGUUAUAGUUUUACGAAACAUUUUAUUUCUCAAAAGAUACGGUUUACGAUAUUUCAAUAGUUUGAUAUAAAUUUCUAAAUUCUGUUGGUAGUACAAGUUUAAACUUUUUUUUUAUUUCUGCAAUAGAAAAUAUAUCAAGUAUAUUUCAAUAUUAUUAUCUGUAUCUUCAGUUCUUCUAUUCGAUAUUCUGAAAAAGUUACUUUUUGUCUUGUUAGGUCAUUUUUCACCCCUAAUUUCUCGUUUUUUUUUUGCCUUAUCAGUAUACAACAAGUUAAGGCAAUUGCUACUUAAAUUGAGUCUGAUAUUUGAUCAAAGUCAAUUUAUGACUCAUUUCGAUGAAUGUUAAUUGAGAUUCUAUCCACCAUGAGUCCUCGGAACCGGAUUUCAAUAUUAUUUCUUGUCUCACCACUUUUUUUAUUGAAAUCCUGGAAAUAAUUUUCUUUUUGUCUCAUUAGGUCAUUUUUAUAUCUUAUUUUCAGUACACUGCAAAUGAUAGUAAAAUGCAGUUUUUCAACAAUUCACCAUGAGUCCUCUGAACCGUAUUUCAAUAUUCUUUCCUGUCCCACCACUUUUUCUUUUCUAAAUCUUGGAAAAAGUUACUUUUUGUUUUGUUAUGUAAUUUUUAAUCCCUAAUUUCUCCAUUUUAUAUCUCAUUUUCAGUACACCACAAUUUAAGGUAAUUGUGCUACCCUUAAAGCAAACCCAUUCAACAGUCAAACGCAGUUUUCCAAUAAUUACUCUUUCCACUUUUUUUGAUUCCGCAAUAAUCAAUGAUGUAAUAGUAGUUCAAUUGCAUCUUUUGAUUUCUCAGUAAUUACAUUUUUAUCCAUAUAAAUUGUUUCUAUUAUAAGGUUUGAAUUCCUAGUUAUAUUCAUAUCACAGUACCACCACAUAAAAAAUUAUUUUUUUGUCCUAGGAGCCCAUAUUUGCUUGUUGAUCAAUUCCUUUUUAUUCUACUCAUUCCUGUAUACUCCAAUUGAUUCAAAUGGUCUUUUAUCUCCAUUUAUUUUCUUAAAUCUUCGUCCCUUUUUACUUUUAAUGUUAUACAAGAGUCCGAACUAAAUCCCCAGUACUAACAAAAUUUAUUAAAGUAACAUUAAAAAUGAACGCUAAUUAUAAUUAAGAAAUUAUAUUAAUUAUAUAAAUGUAUAUGUAAGUCGUUUAAAAAUAUAUGACAAGCAAGAACUUUCCAAAUUUGAAAAUUUUUUAAAUUUUAGUGACAGAACUGAUUGAACGAACUCAAAAGAAUAAUCGAAGUGUAUUUAUGUCAGUGUUUUUAUUUUAAUGAGGUGUAUUUGUUUACAUCUCUCAUUAUAUUUAUGUUAAUGUAUUUUAUAUCAAAUUUUAUUAAUCGAUUUUAAAUCACGAAAAUUAUUAUUAUUCGAAAUUUAAUUUAUGACCAUUAUAGACUGGUUUAAAAAAAGAUCUUCAUACUUAAAAUUAAGUUUUUCAUUUGGCUGUGUAACGUUUGCAAUUUUUCAUUCCCUGUUUAUGAAAUUGAUAUGUAAAUAAAUUAAAUUCAUACAUUACGGAAAA